AUGUCCACCACAAUGAAAACCCUCACCCUCGCCGCUCUCCUCAGCCUAGCCUCCGCCGACUGCAUCCUCAACACCAUCACCACCCCCUCCGCCUCCGACGUCGCAUCCUCCAUAAUCCAAUGGAACUCCGACGUCAACAACGUCAACGCCUUCCUCAACAGCGUCGCCUCCCAACAACAACAACCCGGCGGCGUCACCGACUUCGCCUCCCUCUCCUCCGCCACCCAAACAGCCCUGACCAUCGCCUCUGACGAACCAUGCCAACUCGCCACCCUCUCCACCGGCUCCCCACUCAACGACGCCAAGUUCGCCUGCGCCGUGGCGGAUCUGAAUGAUGUGUUUAAAGCGCAUGUUCUGGAUCAGUUGGUGAUUGUGAGGGAUAAUGCGGGGGAUCAGGAUGUGAGGGAUCAGGCGGUGCAGGAGAUCAAUAAUUUUAGGUGCUGUAAUGUGCUGCCGAGUGCGAGUACUAUGUGGGCGCAGCAGGCGGCUGCUAAUCAGAUUACGGGGGUGCCGACGGAAGCUGCGAGGGAGGAUGCGUGUGGGAGUAUCAUUUGCACGCCGUCUUGCAGUGAUCUCUCCUAA